AUGACCCAGCAAGAAACAAGGUCAUGGUUUCACACUUCAAGCCGCUUGAGCCCUACCGGUUCUGGUCUGCCCAAAAGGAAUCGAGCUGAGCUGCUCGAAGGCGUAAGUUGCGCUUCGUUCAUAAUAUGCUUCGUGGUGCGCUUUGGAUUGCUGACUGCCUUCAGUCAUGUUCGACAUCGUGGUCAGCUGUGCGUCGACCAUAUCCUGCGAGGGAUUACGAGAAGCCGCAUUGGCAACCACCACCUGCCACACCAGUUGAUGCCCAAUACGCGCCAUCAGGGCGCAUGUCGGCAGCUCAGAAGUACGCAGAACAAAACUGCCGCAUGA